UACGACUUUCCCCCUCUCUUUUUGGUUUUACCUUUUUUGUGCUUCCGAGUCGCCGUACGAACUGGACGUGCAAACUGAAAUCCCCACAAUUCACUGCGUCAAACAGCAGGAAGUGCCCUGACAGUAGAACAUCAAGUCAGAAGAUUACCGGUCAUGGAGCGAGUGCUGACAGGAGGGAUGAUGCCACUGAUGUUGGCAAGUGUUGGGGUUUUGGUUUUAUAUCGAGUCCUUGCACGCCUCAGAUCGGUAGUUUCUCUGCAGGAUGCUGUGGUGGUCAUCACAGGGGCCAGCUCUGGACUGGGCAAAGAAUGUGCACGUGCCUUUCAUGCUGCCGGUGCACGCCUGGUGCUAUGUGGUCGUGACGCAGGCCGGCUGCAGGAAGUGGCACAGGAGCUCACAGCGAGGUCAGCAGACACACAGAAGAAGACUCACCCUCCCUGCACUGUGAUCUUUGACCUGGCCAACACAGACACAAUGGACAGAGCUGUAGAACAGAUCCUUAAAUGUCAUGGACGAGUGGAUGUCCUCAUUAAUAAUGCCGGAGUCAGUUACCGUGGUAACAUACUGGACACCGAUCUCUCUGUGCAGCGGAGUGUUAUGGAAACAAACUACUUUGGACCCAUUGCUCUGACACAGGCUCUGCUGCCUGCCAUGGUUAAACAACGUAGUGGUCACAUUGUGGUAAUCAGCAGUGUUCAGGGCAAGAUCGCCAUCCCAUACAGAUCAGCCUAUGCAGCCUCUAAACACGCCACCCAGGCCUACUUUGACUGUUUACGUGCAGAAAUAGAUCACUACGGGAUCCCAGUCACUGUCAUCAGUCCUGGGUACAUCAGAACCAACCUGUCAGUGAAUGCUGUCACUGGAGAUGGAUCCAAGUACGGAGUUUUAGAUAAAACGACAGCUACUGGUCGUGAUCCUGGAGACGUGGCUCUGGCUGUUCUCAGGGCUGUCCGUCAGAGGAGCAAAGAUGUUGUUUUAGCAGAACCUCUACCCACAUUGGCCGUCUACCUAAGGACACUGUGGCCCACACUCUUCUUCAGACUUAUGGCCUCAAGAGCUCAUAAGGAGCAGAAACGGAAGGAGGAAUAAUACCGCCAAAGGCAAAGACUGGUGACUAACAGAAUAUCAGCGGGAUGGACUUAAAGCAGUGAAUGUAAGUGAGCUGACAGAACACUGUUCACGGUGAAUCUGAAGUAUUCAUGAAACCUUUUGUUGUCCAGCGCAGAGGAUGCUGUAAUUAUAAAUAUUCCUGGACUGAUUCAGGAGUUUACCUCAUCUAUAAACCGGUUCUAAAAAGUAACCAGAAAUGGAAAAAAUAACUACUGAGUUGAAACUUCUGUAGAAUAUUUUUUUUAAUAUAAUUUACUGUACCUAUAAUUCAAAAUACCCAAGCUGUUUUUGUUUGUAAUUUUAAAUAAUUCAAUAUUUGGAAUAAUUCUGUCUUUUCCAUUUUAAACAAAAGUACCGAACAUGGAGAAGCUAGACAAAACCAAACUCCUUACUGUACUCUAAGCCUGUUGUGAAUUAAAAAUGAAUGCGAGCAAAA